UUGAGUUUCACUUUCCUUUCUUAUGAACAGGAAACCACUGAUCUCAGCAGAACCUUCAGUGUCCCAAUUGUGGCUGUUCCAUAAAUCAGAGGGAGCAGUUUAAGCCUCGUCCAACUCUGAAAAACAGAUACAGAACAAUGGCAGUGAGAACCACACUGACAUGGAAUGAGGAAAAGAGUCUUCAAAAGCUGCUUGGAAAUGUUUCUUUGAUACUUCUUUAUAAGUCUACUGUCCAUGGAAACAGAAUUAGCAAUAUGCAUGAUAGGUGCAUUCGUCAGGGAUCCACUGUAACAAUGAUUUAUUACCCCAAGAAUAGUUUUGGUAUCUUUAUGCUUGGGCAUUAUCCUGAAAUCUCUGAAAGUUUUAGAAAGCUAAAUACUUCCAUCUAUUUUUCAUUUCAAAAGAAUAAAACAAUGGAAAUGACAGCUGCAUUUUUAAAUUCAACAUCGAAAAUUAGCAAUGACCAACUGGAAUUUCAGUUCCCUAUUUCUCCCGUUCAGGCUCAGUACUUAUCUCUAGAUUUACACAAGAGAACCAUUGUUAUACCUAAACUUUUAGUGGAAAAAUUAGGACUAAAUCCUGACUUAGGCUCCCGAUUUUUGGAAUGUGAAGUUUUUCGAGUGGAAGGAAUUAAGGAUGCUGCAGGCUACAUAAACAGGAUAACAAGAGCCACACAGCACAGAAAUAGUCUCUUAGCAGACCUCAGAGCCUACAGGCCCUAUGCAGACUUGGUUUCAGAAAUCCGUAUUCUCUUGUUGGGUCCAGUGGGGUCCGGAAAGUCCAGUUUUUUCAAUUCAGUGAAGUCCAUUUUCCACGGCCAUUUGACUCACCAAGCCAUAGUGGGGUCUGAUGUCACCAGCAUUACUGAACAGUAUAGGAUAUAUUCUGUUAAAGAUGGAAAAGAUGGUAAAUCUCUGCCGUUUAUGUUGUGUGACUCCAUGGGGCUGGAUGAGAAAGAGGGAGUAGGCUUAUGUGUGGCUGACAUACCCCACAUCUUAAAAGGCUGCGUGCCAGACAGAUAUCAGUUUAGUCCCCAUAAACCAAUUACACCCAAGCAUCCUACUUUCAUCACCUCUCCAUCACUGAAAGACAGGAUUCACUGCGUGGCUUAUGUCUUUGAUAUCAACUCUAUUGACAAUCUCUCCUCUAAAAUGGUGGCAAAGUUCAAACAAGUUCAGAAAGAAGUAUUAAACUGCGGUGUAGCACAUGUAGCAUUGUUUACUAAAGUGAAAAAUUGCUAUGAAGUUCUUCAAGACAACUUCUUAAAGAUGAAUAAAUCUAUGAUUUCUCAAAGCCAGAUGCAAUUGUGGGAAUGUUCCAGCUCUGCAUGCGACAUCAGUUGCCUUGAUUCAGACACUUGGCCCAAACCAGGGUUGCUGACAGCCUCUUUGAGACUCUGCUUCUAUUCAUGUUUUACUUUCUGUCUCUGACAACAUCUAACUGAUGGUUCCUUCUAGGAUCAGUCACACCUCAAGUGCAAAGGCCAACCUUAAGCAGUGGUGGGCCAACAUAUGCUCUAUUGCAAACCACCCUUUGUAUUUCUGCACUAUUUACAAUUUAAUUUAUAUGACAUCUUUCUAUAUCUCCUCAGCAAAAUUAACUAUUCCCUUAUUAUUUAUCCAUAACACUUAAUUUAAAACUCUAUGCAAGUACUAAUCACAUUGAGUAUAAACUGGUUACAUAGUUAUCUGCUUUCUAAAUAAAUUGUGAGUCUUUUAAGAAACAGAGUUUGGAUUUUACUUAUCUUUGUAUUCACAGAAAUUAACAUAGUGCCUGGCGGGGAGCAAGCAUACCUGCUAUUAAGCAUCUCUCUCAACCUCCCCAGAGUGAUACCAUGUAUUUAAAAUUCUCUCCUUAUAGAGGAGAAGACUGGGAGAGAAUGAAAUGCUGGAGAUAAAUAAAGGAGGGAGAAUGUUU